AUGGCCAUUUCCGCAUCCACCCCCACGCAAGACCCCAUUUGCGCAGAAAUCCCACCGCGCCUUCGCCUGGGCCUGGUCGUAUCGUGCGGUACCCACUACCGCACCCCUGCCGUUGCCGACGAGCGCUCUGUAAGCAUUUGCCCGGUACAACACUGGUGCUCCGCACCGGUGCCCGUGCAGAUCCUCCGCGCCAAGGCCUGGAACAAUGUGCCGGCCCUUGGUGAUAGCCUCCUUUGGAGCACGUUGUUACGACCGUACCAACAGCUAGGAGCAAGGGGAGUAAGGGGAUCUUGGAUCUGUAUUUUUAGGAGAUAAAGGCACAGAUCCAGGUAGGGAUCUCUGGAUCUGGGAUCACAAAAAACAGAGGCACAAAGCCAAGGGAAGUCGUAAGAAGGCACCACCGGUAUAAAAAGGAAGGGUUUCUGUUGCAGGCAGAAGGGAUAAGCACUGUGUGAAGCUAUUCCGGUUAAUUUGCUCUAAGGAGGAAAGGAUC